CUCUGUCAGCGGGCAUUCAUCCCUCUUGACACCACUGGCCUCCGCGGCGUAGCCGAUGGCGCUGCCCACAGGUGGCAGAAAAGAACGGCGGCUGUUGCUGGAUUGCUAGCUGCGCAGUCGUCGUCGCUCAGCCAUCUCGGUGUACGUCUCCUGUCGGUAUCCUCGUCUUUGCCUCGUGCGUACGUUAGCAAAUGCAGCGGUGCCCGGCCCUCGGCGUCGCAUUCCGGCAACGCCGUGCGCCACCUUUCGUACGUCACGAAUGCAUCGAACUUCGAGUCAGAGGUGCUGCAGUCACAGCAGGCCAUCUGCCUUAUCUACUACAUCUCGAGUCGAAGCUGCUCUGCUUACCUGAAAACAGCAGAGAAGCUAGUGGACUCGAUCAACGCUCAGACAGCAGGGCUCGAUGCACCAGGGUCGACAAGCAGCAGCGGCAGCAGUACAGCGAAGGUGGCAUUGUCAGAGCUAGCCGUGGAGGUGAACGACAGACAGGUACCGGAAGACGCUGAGGGCAGCGCAACCUCGUCCACUCCGUCGUCAGCGUCAGCUGCCGCACCCACUCAGAAAACAAAGAAGAUGGAGUGGCUGAAGCUCUGCAUGAUUAACGCUGAUGAGAACCGCAAUUUGGCCUCCGCCUUCUCUGUGGAGCGCGCGAAACUUCCGAUCACGUACUUCGUGAUGCAAGGCACCAUUGUUGAUAAAGUUGUGGGCCACAUUGCUGAGGCGCGACUGAACGGUAUCCUCAUUAAGUUCCUCGAGCACUACCAAAAGGAAAUGAAUGUGGAUCUUCUAGCACGCCAGAGCAAGGCAAGCGGGACGAGUGGCACCAGUGCGAGCCCGCUGCCCUCCGCUGCAACGGCAGACCUGCUCAAUGGGACUUCGACAACAUUCCUGCAGGACAAGAUCAUGAACGCCCUAGUAGGCGCGGACAUGAUCCAGCUGCCUGAGGAAGCUGAGAAGCUUGACGGUCUGCGACGCACGUUGCAGGAGACGAAGAAGAAGGCGCACACAGAACUACAGGAGCUGCACAAGCAGCUUGGCAUGGACGUGCGUCGCCUCACCGAUGCUGAAAUGCAGACUUACUACUUCAACGCCCCGCAGUUUCACGCGUUUGGCGUACUUUGUGCGCUUGAGGCGCUCUACCUCGCCCGGUCGUACGCGACGCUUGGCGAUGUGGCGCGCGUCAACGUGGACUGGGCGCGUCGUGCCGUGCAGAAGGAAUUUGAGCCCAUCCAAGGCGACCCCGCGCUGCGACGGGUGCUGGCCUUGGUAGACGUGAACCUCGUUCGUGGUGAGCUACGCACAGCGGCGAUGCUGGCGGCGCAGGAUGCGAACCGGCUCGGCAGCGUCCUAGCUGCGAGGGGUGCGGACGAUGUGCACGAUGCGCAGCAUCGCGACGCCCUAAAAGAGAUGGAGACACUUAUCGCUGGCCAGAGUCAGUACUGCGUAGACAUGUUGCACAUCAUCGACGCCCACAUCGAUAGUCGAACACUCGAUGGCAGCGCGUUCCCGUCUGCGGUUGUGAAUCAGCUGUUUGAGCUGCUGAGGUGCAAUCUGAAACUGAGUCGGACACGCCUGUCACAGCCGUUGCGUGACGUAGGGACCGACACGCCGGACGCCAGCAGUGCCGCAGAGAGCAUGAAGGAUCUCAUGGACGGCAAGACGCCCGAUACGACGGCGAAGCGCGUACGGAUGGCACAGGCACGAGUGCCGCAAGUUCAAACGCUGAUCAUGUCUCUUCUCCAGCUCUAUCCGACAGAUCUGAAGAGUCAAGACGCUCGGUCACGACUGGCUUCCCUCAUUUACUGA